AUGACUCAUGUUUCAAUUGUAACGGGAGCUUCCAGAGGAAUUGGAAAAGCAAUUGUCCAGACUCUUCUCAAAAAUGAAGGAUCAAAAGUAGUUGCGAUAGCAAGAUCGAAAUCUGCGCUUGAAUCGCUUCAAUCUGAAUUUGGGAAGGACAAUCUUGAUAUAGUUAUUGGGGAUGUCACCGAUGCUUUAACAUCUAAAAAGGCUGUUGAAUUGGCAAUUUCGAGAUUUGGGCAAUUGAAUUCAGUUAUUGCAAAUGCAGGGGUUUUAGAUCCAGUAGGAUCUAUUGAAUCUACAUCGAUUCAAGAAUGGAAGAAACUUUAUGAUAUAAAUUUCUUUUCGGUAGCUCAAUUGAUCCAAGAAGCAAUCCCUGAAUUGAGAAAAACUAAGGGUAAUGUUGUUGCUGUGAGUUCGGGUGCCGCUACAACGCCAUAUAGUGGAUGGUACGCUUAUGGAAGCUCUAAAGCUGCAUUGAACCAUUUAAUCUUGUCCUUGGCUACAGAAGAGAAAAAAUCCGGUGUUCACGCCAUUUCCAUAGCUCCCGGUGUUGUUGAUACCAAUAUGCAACACGAUAUAAGAGAGACAUUUGGCUCGAAAAUGGAUCCUCACCAUUUGCAGAAAUUUUUGGAUUUGCACAAGAAUAAACAAUUGGUUCCUGCCGAAGCUCCGGGCGCGGUACUUGCAAAUCUCGCUUUAAAAGGCUGGGGACACCUCAUUAGGGGAAAACUUUCUGGAGGAAGGCUUGUUGGAGGAGAGCUUGCUAGAACACAAUUUUUCCCCCGGUUCAAAUCGACCAACUCAUCCUCAGCUGGUUCUUCCCCUCCUCCAUUUUCAAAAGCGAAAAUAUUGAUAGUGAUGGGAACACUUGUACUUGGAACUACAAUAGUAGCCGGCAUUUACAAUAAGGAUCCUCCUAAAUCAGCAGUUGAACCAAAGUCUACCACCACCGCCACCACCACAACCUCACCAGAAUUCCCACCCGGUAAAAUAUCAGUUAUAUUUGUCCUUGGUGGUCCUGGAUCCGGAAAGGGAACACAAUGUGAUAUACUAGUCAAAGAGAAGGGAUUUGUUCAUUUAUCAGCUGGUGACUUAUUAAGAGCAGAACAAAAGAGACCAGGCUCAAAGUAUGGUAACUUGAUUGCCCAAUGUAUUAAAGAGGGAAAAAUUGUUCCUCAAGAAGUUACUAUUGAGCUAUUGAGAAAUGCUAUAAAGGAAAACUAUAACCGAGGCGAAGUGAGGUUUCUAGUUGAUGGGUUUCCUAGAAAAAUGGAUCAAGCGUUAACUUUUGAAAACAAUAUUGCAGAAUCGGCAUUCACAUUGUUCUUUGAAUGCCCUGAACAAGUCAUGAUGAAGAGGAUAUUAGAAAGGGCAAAAACCAGUGGUAGGGCAGAUGACAAUGUUGAAAGUAUUAAAAAAAGAUUCCAAACAUUUAUUGAUACGUCCAUGCCUGUAGUGGAAUAUUUUGAAAAGCAAAACAAGGUUGUCAAGUUGAGCUGUGAUCAUCCUGUAGAUGUUGUUGCUUCACAAGUCUUGGCUGCUUUAAAGAGCAAGAACAUUUAA